AGUCAGUCUCCUGACGUGCAGCUAUGAGAAAGGGCUCGGAUUACAGUUAUACCACGUGAUACUGAACUACCAAAGUGCAGUGUUGUGACAAACAAAACUAUCACAUGACAUGUUAGAUGUUUUGCAGUAGCGCAAAGGCUUUGAUAUGACGAUGCUUGCGAUGGCGCGAGGCGACGAGAGGAGAGAAGAAGAGGCAGAGACAGAGACUGAAACAGAAGCCAAUGGAGAAGUGGAUGUGGUGGGAGUAGAAGAAGCGGCGCCCGUAGAUUUAACUAGGAGGUUAGGCUUAACGAGACCGCCUGAGAGACAAGCGAUAGCGUUUUCAGUAGAAAAUAUUUUAGACCCUACAAAAUUCACUGGACGAUCUGAAGUGCCGCUGAGAUAUGAUGAGCAGUAUUGGCGGCCGCAUUACGAUCGAGAUGACAGUGAUUCCGUGAAAGACCACCUGCACUCGGACCUUGAGGCUGAUGAUGUGGAGACGGACGACCAGACUUCCAACUUGGACGACGACGUGCUCACGCAGUCCGACCUGGACGAGAACGGAGACCCCAAGAGCCCCACUAGCUCCAGCUCCAAGAAGGGGAAGAGUAGUUCUUCAAGGGACUCAAAAGGGGGCACGAAGCCGAGAAGAGCCAGAACAGCGUUCACGUACGAGCAGCUGGUGUCACUGGAGAACAAGUUCAAAACAACCAGGUACCUGUCCGUCUGCGAGCGACUCAACCUGGCUCUCAGUCUGAGCCUCACGGAGACACAGGUAAAAAUAUGGUUCCAGAACAGACGUACAAAGUGGAAAAAGCAGAACCCUGGCAUGGAUGUCAACAGCCCGACGGUGCCUCCCCCCUCCGCGGGCGGGUUCCCCUCAGGGGCCUACCCUGGCGGCCUGUUGUACUCCCACGGGGUGCCCUACCCCUUCACGGGCCCGGGGCCAUACGCGCCUUACUUCCACCACCUCGCUGCGAACCACCACCAUACUCACAAUGGUUUGGGGCACUCCCAUUCGUGAUUGUGGCAGCGGCCAGGGUCGAUUGACCCUAGGGUCGACAAAGAGAACGACAGUGGUGUGUCGAAUUGAUGUGAAAAUGGAAAAAUUGAAUUGUGUCUUUAAAAAUAGUGUUGUGACUUUUCGACGAGACAUUACAGAUGUUAUCGCUCCAUCGCUCCACACUGUCGCCGAAAACUCAGACACAUGCCGACGUGGAUGCGAGAACAUUGCGUAGUUAGUAUGAGAGCUUUUAUUUACCGCAAUGAAAAACCAGCAAUUUUUAUACAGAAUUCACCAAGUUUGGCUGAUCGACGACAGUGUGAGCAUAAUGUGUAACAUGAUUUUUCAUGAUUAUUAUUUUUUAAAGUUGGUUGCCAAAUUUUGCCAAAACGGCCGGAGCGGUCUGUACCAGUAGUGCUAGAUGAUUUUUUUUUACUAAUUAACUGACCAAUAGUAACAGGGCGAGUGCAAACGUACUGUUUCUAGUUUUCAUUAAUUGUUUUUUGAUAAAUUAAAUUAUGAACCUCAAUAAUUGUGAUGAUUUUUUUAAGUACUUAAUACAAAAUAAAAAAACAUUAUUAUGAAGUCAAAAAUACCACUCAAGCUAGUUAUUUGGAUAAAACAAAAAUUGCAGCGGCGAAUAGUAUAUAAAUUAACUUUAUUAGAUAAAAUAUGAUUAUAAAUUGAUUGUGAUACCUACGUUUUAAGAUAAGGCCACAACUUAGAUCGCAUCUGGUUACGAAAAAUAAGUAGUAUCGGCCGAAGGGACUAUAACAUGUACCUAUUACCUACUAUGACAAUUGAUUAAAAACUUUGAUUUUUUGAUACUUCAAUAUGUAAAAAUAACGCUGGUGUAAUGGUUAAUGACUUCCGCUUGCGGAUCGAAAGGUCCCUGGUUCAAUUCCUACUCGUGCCACAUGAGUUUAUAGACCAAUCCGGCUCAGUAUAGUAGAUUUCAUAGUCCACCAGUCCAGCUUUCAGUGAAGGAAAACAUUGUGGGGAAACCUGCACUUUGGUUGAUUAUCAACUUGUGUGUGAAAUGGAGAAGGCAAUGGCAAACCACUCCAUUGAUAGUGUCAUUGUUUCCUCAGUCAUGAGGAAUACGACUAUGAAGAAUAUGUGAAAAUUAAAAAGGGAAAAAA